CCUCAGCACGCAGGGCGGGCGGCGAUGGAGGCUGCCCGCGCCGUGCGCUUCCUAUUCGUGGUGUGCGGCUGCCUCGCGCUCCCGCCGCGGGCCGAGCCUGUGUGCCCGGAGCGCUGCGACUGCCAGCACCCCCAGCACCUCCUGUGCACCAACAGGGGGCUCCGCGCCGUGCCCAAGACCAGCUCGCUGCCGAGCCCCCAGGACGUGCUCACCUACAGCCUCGGCGGCAACUUCAUAACCAACAUCACGGCCUUCGACUUCCACCGCCUGGGGCAGCUCAGACGGCUUGACCUGCAGUACAACCAGAUCCGCUUUCUGCACCCCAAGACUUUCGAGAAGCUCUCGCGGCUGGAGGAGCUCUACCUGGGGAACAACCUCCUGCAGGCGCUCGCCCCGGGCACGCUGGCCCCGCUGCGCAAACUGCGCAUCCUCUACGCCAACGGGAACGAAAUCGGCCGCCUAAGCCGCGGCUCCUUCGACGGCCUGGAGAGCUUGGUCAAGCUGCGGCUGGACGGGAACGCCCUGGGGGCGCUCCCUGACGCGGUCUUCGCACCCUUGGGUAACUUGCUCUACCUACAUCUGGAGUCCAACCGGAUACGCUUUCUGGGCAAGAACGCCUUCGCCCAGCUGGGCAAGCUGCGCUUCCUCAACCUCUCUGCCAACGAGCUGCAGCCCUCUCUACGCCAUGCGGCCACCUUCGCACCGCUGCGCUCCCUCUCCACGCUCAUCCUCUCGGCCAAUAGCCUGCAGCACCUAGGGCCGCGUGUCUUUCAGCACCUGCCACGCCUUGGCCUACUCUCACUCAGGGGCAACCAGCUCACGCACCUCGCGCCGGAGGCCUUUUGGGGCUUGGAGGCCCUGCGCGAGCUGCGCCUGGAGGGCAAUCGGCUGAGCCAGCUCCCCGUGGCGCUGCUGGAGCCUCUGCACAGCCUGGAGGCGCUGGACCUGAGCGGCAACGAGCUGUCCGCUCUGCACCCCACUGUCUUUGGCCACCUGGGCCGGCUGCGCGAGCUCAGCCUGCGCGACAACGCGCUCAGGGCCCUCUCCGGGGACAUCUUCGCCGCCAGCCCGGCCCUCUACCGGCUGGAUCUAGACGGCAACGGCUGGACCUGCGACUGCCGGCUGCGGGGCCUGAAACGCUGGAUGGGCGACUGGCACUCACAAGGCCGGCUUCUCACCGUCUUCGUGCAGUGUCGCCACCCCCCGGCCCUGCGGGGCAAGUACCUGGAUUACCUGGAUGACCAGCAACUGCAGAAUGGGUCUUGCGCUGAUCCCUCGCCCUCAGUUUCCCCGACUGUCGACAGCAAGCCGCGGCCCUUACCCACGGCCGUGGGGGGGGAGAUGGCGCCCCCUGCAGGUGGCCUCGCGGAGCAGCUGCCGCCGCAGCCACAGCAGCGGGGGCGAUUUCUGCCUGGGGUGGCCUGGGAUGCAGCCGCCAGGGAGCUCUUGGGCAACCGCAGCGCCCUGAGGCUGAGCCGACGGGGCCCGGGCCUCCAGCAGCCCCCCUCUGCCGCUGCUGCAGCGGGCCCCGCGCCACACCCCCUUGACCUGCUCGAGAAGCCCGAGCGGGGACGUCCGACUCCGGCCGAUCCUGUCCACGCGGAGCCCACCCCGACAGCCGCGCCCGCCUCUGCGCCACCGCCCGCCGGCGACCCCUGGCAGCGCGCGGCGAAGCAGCGCCUGGUCGCAAAGCAGCAGGAGAGCGCCGCCCAGGCCGACGCUGGGGUCGGCCUGCCGCCGCUGGUGUCCGACCCGUGCGACUUCAACAAGUUCAUCCUGUGCAACCUGACGGUGGAGGCGGUGGGCCCCGACAGCGCCUCAGUGCGCUGGGCCGUGCGCGAGCACCGCAGCCCCCGGCCGCUGGGCGGCGCGCGCUUCCGCUUGCUCUUCGAUCGCUUUGGCCAGCAGCCUAAAUUCCACCGCUUCGUUUACCUGCCCGAGCGCAGCGACUCGGCCACACUGCGCGAGCUGCGCGGGGACACCCCCUACCUGGUGUGCGUGGAGGGCGUGCUCGGAGGCCGGGUCUGCCCGGUGGCCCCCCGGGACCACUGCGCCGGGUUGGUCACCCUGCCGGAGCCUGGGAGCCAGAACAGCGUCGACUACCAGAUGCUGACCUUGGCCCUGCUGGCCGUCAACGCGCUGCUGGUGCUCCUGGCCUUGGCAGCCUGGGCAUCACGCUGGCUGCGGAGGAAGCUACGGGCCAGGCGGAAGGGCGGCGCCCCGGUGCACGUUCGCCACAUGUACUCCACGCGCCGGCCGCUGCGCUCCAUGGGCACCGGCGUGUCUGCCGACUUCUCUGGAUUCCAGUCGCACCGGCCGCGCACCACCGUGUGCGCGCUUAGCGAGGCUGACCUCAUCGAGUUCCCCUGCGACCGCUUCAUGGACAGCGGGGGCGGCGGCGCGGGCGGCAGCUUGAGGCGGGAGGACCAUCUCCUGCAGAGAUUUGCUGACUAGCUCCGGGGCCUCCAGGGGAGUGAAGACCUUCUCAUUGGCCUUGAGGAGCCACCUCUCCACGGGGCCCCUCAGCCCACCUCAGGGGAAGAUCUCAUUUUAUCAGACCUUCUCCUUUCCACCUUUUGUGCACUUGCCAGAGAGGCCAAAGGGAGCAGACAGCCAAUUCGGCACCACCCCACAAUUCUCAGUACUCACUCACUAACUACAUGGAUGGUGUUAGUGGUCACGGCCAAGAGUAGGGGACAAAUGGAUGGUGGAUUCCGGAGGUGGGAGGCCUUCUUUACGUGGAGACCUUGGCGCAGCUAUGGGAAUGGCUUUUGUGGCAUUGCAAUACAAUAACCUGGCCGCCUUUGGGGUAGAAAAGGGUGCUUGUGCCCCCAACAUGGCCGGAAAGAGAUUUGGGUGCAUGCUUUUGUUUGUUCAGUAUCAAACAAAGGAGUUUUGUUUCUAUUUAAGGAAAAAGGAACCUAUUACCAUUACAAAGGAGGCUUGGCAACUGACUCCACUGGUCUGGUGGUCUCUGCCAAGAAGGGUGAUGUUGUAAACAGGUGGUAAAGUUUAACACACUCGCCAAGGAACUCUUUUAUGUUGGUUGAUAGAACAUUCAGGAUAACUUAAUGUUUAAAUAGAGACGCUAUUUUUUUUUUUCAACAAUGUGAAGAGCUCUGACAUGUAAACUGACGAAUAAAGUCAAGGACUGUUUUAGUUGAGCCGGCCGUUCAACUAUUUUUACAUUAACCCCACAAGAACGAUUGCUGACCAUAGGGUUCACUAAGAUUACACACUUUCUCAGGAGACGGCUGCAUGCGAGCCUUCUCUGUCAGGGUUGCCCCUGUGGCUGUUUAAGUUUGUUUUUUAAACCUAUAUAUGGAAAAGGAAAUUUCAGUGCCAGACUUGAUAAAAGAAUGUAAUGUGUGUGUAACUGAUGACCCCAUAGGGAAUGCCAGCAUUCUAGUUCACUUACUACAUCUCUGACAGUGUGUUCAGAUUGGAAUAAGUGUGCUGUGGUACUUCUCAUGUUUUUAUCAGUGACAUGUAGUUGACUGUGCCUGUUUCUCUUGAGUUGCACAGUUAGCUGAUAAAGGUGAUUUCCUAAUAGGAGGGGAGCAAAAGGUGAUUGUCAGUUGAUAGUGUAAUGUUUGAUCGCAUUGAUGUCUUACUCUAUAUGAAAUAGUAGAGGGGAAGAAAUUAUUGG